AUGAAAGAACCUUUCGUUGCCCUUGAUAUAAUUCCUGAUACACCUGUCCUCACUUUGCCUAGUAAUGUUAUGACUAAGCAUCGAGUCACAGGCGUACUAAGAGUUGUCCUUUCCAAGCCAUUAAAAGUAAAGUCAAUUUCAAUUACUUUUCUUGGAAAAUGCGUAGUGAAUUUUAGCCAUGAGACGGUGACCCCAAAAAAUUGGUUGUCAAAGAAAACCGGUGAUGGAGUCGGCUCUCAUGGCCUUCAGAUAUUUGACUCGUCUAGGACGCGAGGCAGUAUGAUCAUUGUUAAGCAGACGAUAUCUUUACUCGAGGGUAAUAAAAGACAUGAACUCACGAAAGGCGAUAAUGAGUAUUCAUUUUCCUUUGAUCUGCCGGCCGAUGUUCCUCCCUCAAUUACGGACUCACAUAGUUAUGUCAGAUAUAAAUUGACUGCUGUAGUUCUACCCGCAUCUUUGCUGGGAAUAUUAUCACAAGAAAAAGUAGAUUACGAGUUGAAAAUAAUUCGCCCUCGAUCAAUGCUCAAUGGACUGAAAAGAUAUUCUGGUGUUCUUGAAGAAAAGAUAAAGUAUGACAUUGAGGUUCCUAAAAUGGUUGUGUUGUCUGCGAAUACAACAUCAGAUGGCAUGAACGCAGAUGAAAUAACCAUUAAUGUAAGACUUACAGUAAUGAAAGAAAUUGCAAGAAUAAAAUCGGUCAGCUUAGAAAUAUCGCAAAACUCUAAAUACCUGAUAACUUCGAGCUCGUCCAACAAAGUCAUAGAGAGAUCGUUUACUACUCACACAAAACCUGCACUCUUAAUUGAUUUCACCGCCGCCCUUCCAUCUAUAACUCAAGAUCAUCAUUUGACUUUAUCACUUCCAUAUAUAUUGAUUUCUGAACUUUCACCGGACACUUCAUCUCCCAACCUUGAGAUCACACACAAUUUUCGUAUUACCAUAACUUUCGUGAAAACAAACAUAAGUCCUUGUUAUUUGAAUCUGCCUGUUGUUGUAGGCUACGUGUUUAUGGAUAAGAGAAUGAACAGAAGCGCUAGUGUGAGUGAAGGAUCAAUCUCAUUGCGUCAGGGAAUACUUAGGGAGUUGUAUCGACGAGGCUCAGAAGGAUGGAUAUUCACAAAUCAAAUCCAGAAUGGCCGUUCCUCAUACUCUCAAGACAGCUCGAGGUCAUCUGAUCUUGUAUCUCGUGUUUCUAGCUUCUCCAGUCUUACUACUUUGAACACCAGUGUCCUUAAUUCUGUGUUUGAAGAAAAUGAAAAUUGCACGGAAGUUGGACUGUGA